AUGUCUGUUCAUUUACAUCUCGAUGCUGGAACCUUGCAAGCGGUUCUACAAACCGUAUGUGUCACAGGGGAGCCAGCCAUAAUUGCACCAUCAGCGUUUGUGGGAGAACUUGACGCUGUAGUCGAUGAGGUUAAGAAGUAUGGAUUGAAACUGGCAAGCAUUCCUAGUGGUGGAAUAACUAUUCUACCACCUAUUCCUGUAAGUGAUAUUGAGCUUUUUGAUUUUUGUGCUGAAUAUUGCAAGGCUCGUACUCAGGAAGAACGUCUGACUGUGCGUCAUCAAAUAAGCAAUUACGCUUUCUCAACAGGUAAACCUGCCUUUACUAUGCCUUGUCGACCACUCUAUAAUCCUGCUGAUUACGUUUUGCGUAUAGUUCAUCUCUGUGCAGAGCUUGCUUCCAGUACAGAUGAAGAAUAUCGAAGAGCCUACGCCACUGCACCACUUCUCCAUAUUAACCCCGUUCAGAAUAUUUGUGAAAAAUUGCGUAGCAUGUUUCAAUCUGGUUCUUUUCAUACCCAAGCCUGGGCUGUUGAAGAGGAGUCAGAGAGCAAAACUUCAGAUGAAGUGAAAGGUGAAGUCCCUUUCAUUUCUGAUGUCUUUGACCAGGAUAACAGUGAGACUGGAUCUGAGGUUGUAGAUGGUAUAGAUGAUGAUCCGACAGGACAGGAGAUUGUCGAUAACACAACAGGGCCAGUGGGUGAGUAUUUAUCAGAGAAAGAUUUUAAAUUGAUAACUGAAAGUGGCGUUUUUUAUGACGACUCAGGAGAGCGUGUACAGGCUAUAUAUGUGCGGGGUGGUAUUAAAAAAGAGAUUUGUCAUCAAGCAUCUGUUGCAUUAGAAGCCGCUGCGACAACUAGAAAUCUUCGAAAGGCAACAAAUGGUGGUAAAACCAAUCCAGAAACAGGUAUUGUUGGUUAUUAUGAUUAUCUUAAUAACCCCACUCAACAAAAAUGUCGGGAAACAGAGUUUACAAGAAAAAAUUGGAGUACUAUUGCUGCUCCUUGUGAAGCAUUUCUUUUAGCAUUAAAUAAACUUUAUAGUGAAUGUGCACCAAAGCAUUACAAACUUCAGCGCAUCGCUAUUCCUCAAAGUUGUCAAUUGUUUAAUACGGUAUUUAGUACCAUUACAGUAAAUCGAAAUUUUCGAACAGCUGUGCAUACAGAUAAGGGAGAUUUUCGAAGUGGUUUAGGUGCCCUUUGUGUAAUUGAUGGUAUAUUUGAGGGAUGUCAUUUAGCCAUUAAAAAACUUGGUAAAGCUUUUCGUCUUGAAAAAGGUGAUGUAUUAUUUUUUGAUACAUCCUUGGAACAUGGAAAUACUGAGGUACAUAGUUUUGAUUAUUGCUGGAAACGUAUAAGUGUUGUUUGUUAUCUGCGCACUGGUUUGAUGUCCCAACCGUGCGAGAUGGAGCGUCGACGACGGCUUAAUAAACAUCUUUCAAAGCAACUUCUUCUUGAAAAAAGUAGACAAAACAUUGUAAAUUUAAAUGGGGUGGACCCAAAACUUCCUCCCCUAUAUGUACCCUGGAAACUGAUGAGUGUAUUAUCCCCUGUUCAACAAGCAGCCCUUGGAUUUGUAGUAGAUCGGUUGAGUAGAGGUAAUGGUUGUGUUAUUGCAUUAACCAUGGGACUAGGGAAAACUCUAGUUUCUUUGGCCUUAUGUUUUUCACAUCUUUAUAAUCCCAAUCCACGUGACAUACUUAUUAUAGCACCCAAGACAGUUCUUACUCAUUGGAUAGGUGAAAAACAGAAGUGGGAACAGUACGGUCUUGUCUUCCCUGAAUUUGUUGUAUCAGAUGGGACAGACUCCGCAUCUUUUGAGGUUGCACUUAAACGAUAUAAACAACAAUUAUCUGGAGAGAUGCCGAGAACAAGUCAUAUUUUUGUUAUUAAUCCUGAAUACGUAAAAACAGUUUUAAGGAAACUAACAGGAUUUCGUCCGAGCCUUUUGAUAUUUGAUGAGGGUCAUCGCGUUUCAUCAAAAGGUAAUAAAUUGAAAGAUUCUUUAGAAGGUAUGAGGUGUUCAGCGCGUGUUAUUCUCUCUGGUACGCCUGUGCAAAAUAAUGCUGAAGAAUUGUACCGACUUAUUGGCUGGAUAAACCCUGAUGUACAUUCUGUAUUACCACCACGGGUUUUUACCGAAUUAGCUGGGUCUAUAAAUCGUUACAUAAAUGGGGAUGAUUCUGCCUUUAACGCUGCCAUUUCUGCACAACGUUAUAUCCAAGAGUGGAUGAGUUCUUAUGUUUUUAGCGUCAUGAAGACAGAUCUUCCACCUCUUCAAGACUACAUUAUUAUAUGUGGUUUCUCUGGUGUUCAGAAAAAGAUGUUUGAAGAUCAUUUCAAUAUUAAAAACAUUGAUGGAUGUGCAGCUCUAAAAGCUUCUGAACAUCGACCAUAUCACCUUUCUACACAUCCUCUUUGUUUUUUGGGUUUUAUAUCAGGGGUGUACAAAUCUCUUAGUGGAACUCAUAAAAUGUCAAUAGAGAUGGAAGAAGAAGAAGAAGAGGAAAAGGAAAAGGAAAAGGAAAAGGAGGAUAAUACUCAACAAUACAUACUUAACGAUGAUGAUAUAGCAUUGGUAGAUGAGUGUUUAUCAUUAGUUAACUCUGGAUGUUUAUCUGAGUUUGUAAGUCUCAGUGGUAAAUUAACAGUUCUUAUUUCAAUUCUACACGUUAUACGAGAGAAAAAAGAAAAGGCAAUUAUCUUUUCUCAAUAUGUGGGAUCACAAGAUUUUAUCUCACGAACUUUGACAUCAUUUGACAUUGUCUCUUCUACUAUUCGUGCAAGGGACUGUCAUGAUAGGAGACGGAAAACGAUAGAGAGAUUUAGAGAUGAUGAAAAUAUUACUUGUCUUGUUCUAUCUACUCAGAUUGGUGCUUACGGUCUUGAUUUCACCGCUGCUAAUCACGUUAUUUUGUGGGAUAGUUGGUGGAAUCCUCAAGUAGAGUCACAAGCCAUUGCACGUGCGUAUCGGCGUAAUCAGACGAAACCAGUCAUUGUGUAUCGACUUGCAUCCGCGUAUGAGGACACUAUAAUUUUAAAAACGCAAGUACGAAAAUUGGCGUUGUUUAGGUGUAUUAUGAACGAGCAGACAUCACGAGCGGUACCUCCUGAAGAAUUGCUUGACUGCACUGAUACUGAAGAAGAUGAACAACGACGCUUUUUAUGGUCAUCACUUAAGACAAGCCGACUUGAAGGUGGUGUAGCAGCUGUGUCCAAAAUAUUUCGCCACAGUGAUACACUUAGGAGCGAAUUAUGGGCCUGA